AGCGCGUCAGGACUUCCUUGAUUCUUUUUUCUUUUUAAAUGAGAGAAAAAAAUGUACUUCCUCCAUUUGUGUUUCCUGUACUUUGACAGCAAACACACUCGGAAAAACUCAAAGCGGAGGUCCAUGGCAGUGCUGGAUGUUCAGAUAGGUUGGAGAUGAGUUUUACACCCAUUCUUGAGGAAACGUUGAUUAAACGUUCUCAACAGAAGAAACGAACAUCUCCACUCAACUAUAAAGAGAGAGUGUUUGUGCUUACCAAGAGCAAACUCACCUAUUAUGAGCUCAGAGCUGAUAAGAGGGUGAAGAAAGGCUCGGUGGAGCUGCACAGAAUCAAGUGUGUGGAGAUUGUUAAAAACAGUGCGACUGUCAUUCCCUGUCAAAACAAAUAUCCAUUCCAGGUCGUUUAUGAUUCCACCACGCUGUAUAUUUUUGCUCCCAGUAAUGAGAGCAGGAACGUUUGGGUUCAGAACAUCAAGGAAGAGAUUAAGAAUAACGUUAUGAUAGCGGCAAAGUUUCACCCUCAGUUCUGGCACGAGGGCGAGUGGUUGUGCUGCGGGCAGGUGGAUAAACUCGCCCUGGGCUGUGAGGGGUACAACUUAUUUGGAAAUGUUUCACGUAAACCUCUUCCACCAGUACCUUCAGAUGACCAGAUGAUCAGUGGUUCUUUGACCCGUCGCCCCCCCCCUCCACUUCCACCCACACAGAAAACUGAACAGGAAGAAGUGGGCUCUAGAGAGGAAGUGGUCAUUGCGCUGUAUGACUUUGAAGGACAAGAGCUCCAUGAUCUGACGUUGAAGACGGGAGAGGAGUACGUGAUCUUGGAGAAGUGUGACGUCAACUGGUACAGAGCGCGAGAUAAACACGGAGAGGAGGGCUACAUUCCAAGCAACUAUGUGACAGAAAAGGAGUCGGACAAACUUGAGAAGUUUAUGUGGUUCUGUAAAAAUGUCAACCGCAACAAAGCUGAGGAGCAACUCAGAAAAGAGGGUAAAGAUGGGGGAUUUAUGGUUCGAGUGUCCAGCACAGGCACAUACACUGUAUCUCUGUACACAAAGAACACAGGGGACGGAUCCCCUACAAUCAAACAUUACCAGAUUAAAGAAACACAUGACUCAUCAAAACAUUUUUACCUGGCAGAGAAAUACAUCUUCAACAGUAUACCUGAACUUAUAGAAUACCACAAACACAACGCUGCAGGUCUUUUGUGUCGGCUGCGUCAUCCAGUAGGUGAUCAGAUGAGAGAAGCUCCAAAAACAGCAGGAUUCAGUUACGAUAAAUGGGAGAUUAACCCGUGUGAGCUGACGUUCAUGAAGGAAGUGGGCAGCGGGCAGUUUGGAGUGGUCAGACUGGGCAAAUGGAGAGCACAGCAUAAAGUCGCCAUUAAAACCAUCAGAGAAGGAGCCAUGAGUGAAGAUGACUUUAUGGAGGAAGCCAAGAUCAUGAUGAAUCUGUCUCACCGUAACCUGGUGCAGUUAUAUGGCGUCUGCACACAACAACGACCCAUUUACCUGGUGACAGAGUUCAUGGAGCUCGGCUGUCUGUUGAAUUUCCUCUGUCAGAGGAGAGGAACCUUCACAGAGCAGGGCCUGCUGAGCAUCUGUCACGACAUCAGUCAAGGGAUGCAACAUCUGGAAGAACACGGAUUCAUACACCGAGAUCUGGCUGCCAGAAACUGUCUUGUGAACAACUCUUUGGUGGUGAAAGUGUCAGACUUUGGGAUGGCCAGGUAUGUUCUAGAUGACAAGUACACCAGUUCCUCAGGAUCAAAGUUUCCAGUGAAAUGGUCUCCACCUGAAGUCUUCAACUUCUGCAAAUACAGCAGCAAAUCUGACGUCUGGUCUUUUGGUGUGCUGAUGUGGGAGGUGUUCACUGAAGGGAAGAUGCCAUUUGAACAUGACGCCAAUCAUGAGGUGGUUCUGAAGGUCAUUCAGGGGCAUCGACUCUAUCGGCCCAAAAAAGCUGCAUUACACAUCUACAGAAUCAUGCAGAUGUGCUGGAUGGAGAGCGCAGAUGAACGGCCAACGUUCUCCGACAUCUCUCUGAUGAUCACUGAUGAGCUGGAGGCAGAUGGUCCUGCAUCGUGAAAAAUCUACUAUGUCUAAACGGUUAUCUUGUUGGGAUUGGUAUAAAUGUAUUUAAUUUAUUCAUACCUUAUUUAACGUUAUUGAAUGUAUUUUGUAACAAAACAAAAAUGGCAUUUCUAAUUAUGUGAUGAUGUCAUGAUGUGGUCUAUAUAAGAAUAUGAGUGGAUAGAUAUUGUCGAACACGCUGAGGAAGGCCUAGUAGCUGAAACAUCUGUAAAAAAGAAGCAACAAAAAGCUUGGAAUGCGGAUCAUUAUUUUAAUGUUUUGAACUUCUGGAAAGUGAUUCUUGCACCCGUUGAAGAGCUUACAUGUCAAUUGUGGAAGACGAGUGACCGCAAUGUUAAAUAACCUACUGAGAAUCUGCAUUGUGAACUCUCAUCGGACAGUCUGAUCGCACUUUAAUUGACGAGCUCCGGUCACAUGAUGAAUUCAUGAAUGUUUCAGAGUCGGAUGUGAAAACAGACAUUAGCUGCUACAGAAUCACUCUUCGUCACUGUUCUUCAUCAGCUCAGACUCUGUCCCAGGGAACAUAUUUAUUUCCCUUGAAGAUAACUUAAAAUGUUUGUAAAAUUUUUGUGUCACAAAAACAUUCCCAAUGUUAGAAGAGCCGCUGGUUUGUAAAUUCAUCUAAAGGAUCUGCAGAGCGGCAGAUGCCACACACACACACACAGCAGUUAUCAGCAGUUCUUCUGCUGUUCAGGAACAAUAGUAGUGUCCUCAUGAUCUCACUCUUACUGGAUGGAUGAGUUUCUGAUCAUUGACAUGUUAAUAUGGAUAAUGUGUUCAAUAAAUGUGUUUUGUUUUUUGAUCUGCAGCGGAAGUUUUGAGUCUGAAAGUUACAUUCUGUUUUCAUAGUAUAAUGAACACUUAUCUCAGACAAUCAAGACAAAUUAGAUUUCUCAUAUGACCCCUUGAAAUUGACAUUUGUUUCCUCUCAGUCCUGAUCAUUACAGUGAAUAACAGUCAGAAUGUGUUUAAAUGCUGUAAACUUUUACUGACAGAAAAGCAGCUUUAAUGACACAGUCAAUAAACAUCACACUGUUACAACA